AUGCUCCUCGCCAUCGUCCCCUUCCUUCUCACCACCCUCCCCGCAAUCCUUGCCCUCCCACCACCACAACCAUGUAAACCACCCUACUACCCUCCUCCGCACGUCAGGGUUGCAAACGGAACUCUUCAAGGCGUCCGCCUACCAUCCCUCAACCAGGAUCUCUUCCUCGGCGUCCCCUUUGCGCAGCCACCGAUCCACGAUCUCCGCCUUCGACGGCCGGUCUCCCUGAAUGAAACAUGGACUGGUGUGAAGAAGGUCGUUGAGCGGAGCGUGAGUUGCCCGGGAUAUGGCGGGUUUAGCGAGGGGUUGAGAAUGGGGGAAGACUGUCUGACGCUUGAUAUCGUUCGGCCGUCUGGAGUACGCGAGGGGGAUAAGCUUCCAGUAUUUGUGUGGAUAUAUGGUGGUGGCUUCACAGCCGGCGGCAGCGCCGAUGGGCGGUAUAACACAUCCUACCUAGUAGCCACCUCCACCUACGUCGGCAAAGCCAUCAUCGCCGUCUCACUCAACUACCGCGUCGCGGGCUGGGGCUUCCUCGCAUCGCGCGAAGUCGUCGAAGCCGGCGAGACGAACAUCGGGCUCUUCGACCAGCGGCUCGCGCUGCGCUGGGUACAGGAGAAUAUUGCGGCGUUUGGCGGCGAUCCGGAGAAGGUCACGAUUGCGGGGGAGUCGGCGGGCGCGUAUAGUGUUGGUUAUCAUAUGGUCGGGUUUGGAGGGGAUCAUGGGGGGUUGUUUCGCGGGGCGGUUAUGCAGAGUGGGGGGGCGUUGGGACCGGUGCUUGAGGAUACCACCACCCUCGAAACAAGCUACCAGCCCAUGUACGACAACAUCACGGCAACAGUCGCCUGCGACAAGGCACCAGACACACUAUCCUGUCUCCGACACGUCCCCUACUCAACCCUCUCUGCCGCAUUCUCCCCCUUUGUCAUGACACCGAUCCUCGACGGGGAUUUCCUGCGCCAACUCCCGUCGACCUCCUUCGCACAAGGCAACGUCGCCAACGUCGCGCUCCUCGCCGGCUCAAACACCGAUGAGGGGACAGCAACCUUCUUCGGGCCCCGCGGGACCCUAUUUACAGAUGCCGAUGUCCACAGCUUCCUCUCAGAUCCUCCGGGACGAAAGCACCUCGAUAACGAGACGGUCUCGCGGCUGAUGGAUCUGUAUCCCGAUGAUCCAGUCCAGGGGUGUCCAUUCAACACGGGCGCGCAGCGCUUCGCGGAGGACGGCAAUGGGGCGCAGUAUAAGCGCGGGGCCGCGAUAGUGGGUGAUCUGGCCAUCCAUGCGGGGCGGCGUGCGACGACCGAGUAUUUUGCUUCUCUGCCCGAGAGACGAAGGAAGCCUGUAUACUCGUACCGCUUCGACCAGGGACCCUGGAAUGGCGUUCUGGAAUUGAUUGCCACGACGGCGCCGGUGUAUGCGACGCACUACGCCGAGGUUGCGUUUGUGUUUGAUAUCGAUCCGGCUGUUAGUGUGAAUGCGACGAAUUGGAUUGGGCCGGACCCCAGGUAUCAUGCGCUAGCGAGGGCAAUGGCGAGGGCUUGGGUGGCGUUCGUGCAUAAUUUGGAUCCGAAUGUGGACUUUGCAAGUGGGUAUGACGGAUUGGGCAAAUUGCAGCUGCCGCAUUGGCCCGAUUAUGCAUCUGGAGGGGAGAAUAUGGUGUUUAGAGUGGAUGGGUCGUAUAUUGAGACGGAUACAUGGAGGGAGGAGCAGCUAGCGUAUUGGACGGGAUUGUGGGGGCCGUUGAAGACUUGA